AUGUCUUUGCUUAAAAGUAUAUUUAAUAAUAAAUAUUUGGUACAUCAAAUAUUUAAAGAACAAAUACAUAAUGUAUUGAAUAGAGAUGUGCACAAGAGAUGGCCAAUGACGUUGGUGUAUAGGUACAAUGAAUGGAACAGUGUAGAGCAAAUGGUGGUGCAUGGGUAUACAGGAUUGUUGAUUACAAAGUUGAUGAGAAAAGAGAUUGAUGAAAAAGAGUUGUACAAGGUAUCAACCAAAGUCAUCUCUCAUCUCAAAACAAUCGAUCAAUACUUGUUCUUUAAACAAUACUAUCCCGCUCUAUUCCCAAAUUCGCCUUCAACUCUAUUUGCAAUUAUUUGUAAUACCAAUCAAUUAAAACUAGUUGAAUAUGUAUACAAUCAAUUAGUAAUGGAAAGUCAAGGUACAAGUACAAGUGAAAAGAUGGUAUUCCCAACAAGACCUACGAUGGAUAAUUGUCUUGACAAGUUGUUAAAACAAAGAGAUGAUUAUACACGUGAUGUAUUGGGAUCGAUGCUUCCCUUGGCUGCAAUACUUGAAUUGAAAAAAGGUGAUAUUCCAUUAUACGCAAGUCAAGGUAGAACGAUUGGAAAGAUUGUUACUAUUGCAAAUGGAACUAGUCGAUUAGAGGCAUGUAAACAUUUUGCAAUGAUCUAUGAUCCAUCUCGAUUCACCUCUGUUGGGGUUAGAUCACUUGACGAGUGUAUCGAUCGUAUCACACGCCUUGUAUUACUAGCAUGUCCUGCACUAGGUGAAACGGAAAGACAAGAACAAUUGGAUAAAGUAAUAUCAUCUUUAUUUCUAUCUGUAUCAUUCCCUAUAUAUGGUCAACAUACAUCUAUCUAUAGUGAUAUUACCGACAGUCUAAAUACAUUGGAUUGUAAUAUUAUACCAAUUAUACAAUUACAAAAGAAUCAAAUGCAUCAUUUUAUUCCAUUCCUCUCCCUUCAACAUAUCAUUCAACUUGGUACGAAAUAUGGAUUUGAUGAUUCAUGUGUAAUAGCUAGUUUGGCAAACAAAGAUGAACGUGUCACUCAGUACAUACUAGAUAGUAACCCAACACCAAUGGAUCCAGACUCUCAAUACAUUAUUCAAGUUGGUAAUGCAAACUCUCUUUUAUUGGCAUUGGAAGGUGGAUACCUUGAAUUGUCCGAUGCCAUCAUGACGACUAUUGCCGACGAAACUAUUACACCUCAACUCCUAGACUAUAUAUUCAAAAAGAAUCAUGGUUUCAAGAAUGCAAUCAUUGACCACAACCAACUCGUUAGAAAGUGUCUUGAACUUGACCUAUCCUCUCAAUACUUGGUCAAAUCGAAAAGACAUCAAAGAUUUGAAGUUAUGGAAUUAUUUUGGCCUACUCUAUUCCAACUCAAUGACAAAACGUUGAUUUCAAGAUUAGAUAUUUUUAAUCACCUCAAUUGUUGUUCAUAUCUAGGUCGUAAAGGAUCAAUUGAAUUGAUUCAACAAUUAAUAGAUUUAAAAAUCAAUUUGAAUUUCAAUGCUAUACUUUUCGAUGCCAAAAAUUAUAAUCAAAUUGAUUUAAUCAAUUAUUUAAAAGAAAUAAUCAAAUAA